GAGCCGAGCCGAGCAUCUCCCGCCGCCGCCGCCCAGCGCCCCGGGCGCCCGCGCCCCCACCCCACCCCACCCGCCUCCCGCGUCCAGCCGCCGGCCAAACCCUCUGACCAUGCCCCGCGCCCCACGCGCUGCUGACACCCCCCAGUCCCGCGCAGUCCCGGCCGUCCGCAGCCGUCUCACAGCCGCGCCAGACAGGCAGUGAAGGCUACAAAUCUGGGUCACAGCUGAGGAAGACCCCGGACAUGGAGUCCAGGAUGUGGCCUGUGCUGCUGCUGUUCCACCUUCUCCCUCUGUGGCCGCUGCUGCUGCUGUCCCUGCCACUGCCUGCUCAGGGGUCCUCGGCUUCCCCUCGCACCCCACCAGCCCCGGCCCGUCCUCCGUGUGCCCGGGGAGGCCCCUCAGCCCCACGUCACGUGUGCGUGUGGGAGCGAGCACCUCCACCUAGCCGUUCCCCUCGGGUUCCAAGGUCACGGAGGCAGAUUCUGCCAGGCACUGCACCCCCUGCCACCCCCUCAGGCUUUGAGGAGGGGCCGCCCUCAUCCCAGUAUCCCUGGGCUAUUGUGUGGGGCCCUACAGUGUCUCGAGAAGAUGGGGGCGACCCCAACUCUGCCAAUCCUGGCUUCCUGCCCCUGGACUAUGGCUUUGCAGCCCCCCACGGGCUUGCCACCCCACACCCCAACUCAGACUCCAUGCGGGGUGAUGGAGACGGGCUCAUCCUGGGAGAAGCGCCUGCCACCCUGCGGCCGUUCCUGUUCGGGGGCCGUGGGGAAGGUGUGGACCCCCAGCUGUAUGUCACAAUUACCAUCUCCAUCAUCAUUGUGCUGGUGGCCACAGGCAUCAUCUUCAAGUUCUGCUGGGACCGCAGCCAGAAGCGGCGCCGGCCCUCUGGGCAGCAAAGUGCCCUGAGGCAGGAGGAGAGCCAGCAGCCGCUGACCGACCUGUCCCCGGCGGGAGUCACUGUGCUGGGGGCCUUCGGGGACUCGCCCACCCCCACCCCUGACCAUGAGGAGCCCCGAGGGGGACCCCGGCCUGGGAUGUCCCAGGCCAAGGGGGCUCCAGCCUUCCAGUUGAACCGGAUUCCCUUGGUGAAUCUGUGA